AUGAACGAAUCUUGUCCUCGAGGACUAGAAAGCUUCAUACAGGAAGACGGGGAGAUUACUACGGCUUCCGUCGAACAAUGUAUUGACGCUGUAAUGGACGAGCAAGAAGUCCAAUGGGACAAAGAAGUCGAUGACUACGACCGCUUGGCAGCAGUCUCUGAAGAAGUAUCGAGAUUCAGCGUCAGUUGGGCUCUAGAGAGAGCCAGGACAGAUGAAAAAGAAGCGCAAAGAAUAUACAAACAUAUGGAACAGAAAUACAAGGUGACCAAGUCGAAAUGCGAGUCUCCAACAAGCCUUUCGAAAUCAAUAGAGGAUGGACGAGAUGACCAUAAGUCUAUGUGUUCUGAUCUGAGCCAUUCUGGUGCAGAAUCGCCCCGCCUAACAGAACACCAAAAGACGAAAGGAGCCUCCAAGCCUCCACUAAAAAUGCCCAAGCUCCCUCGUCACGUCAGCAUCACAAUAUAUAGAAAGGUGUCUCCAAUGAUUUGUAGCAGAUGA